UCCUCCCGCCUUUCCCCUCGUGUCCCGCCCCGCGUCCAGCCCUGUCGUGAUAAUCGCACCCACAGGGUAACUCAACACAAGGGGGUAUGAAUUUCAUCCGUGGUCUCAGGUUUCCUGACAGGAACUGUGUUUUCUUUCACUUGACUUCUUUGACUAAAUGGGGCAAGUGCAGUAAUUUCUGUGGGUCUUAUGCAAGACAUUACCGAAGUGAAGUCAGUUGUAAAUUAGAUACAUGCCAAAGACUAAAUUUGAGUAGAAAUACUGGGAACUGGAAGUUAACUGGAAGUCCUAACUACUACGGAAAGUCAACUGUUAAAGGACAGAAGUGUCUUCUGGACAUUGUAAAUACGGACAUAUGCAAGACAGCACACCAUGGUUCUGCACGAUCUUGCUUCCUGUCUUCCCAAACGCUUCUGGAGAAGAUCCCAUCCCUCCAGAUCAGUUCCCUUGGGCAACUCCCAAAUCGUUUUUCUGCUUGGAACAUUCCAGUCACCAGGUUUUUCCACGUAUCCCCAUCAUUUCGUGCUGCUCCAGUUCCUCUUUUCUGGAUUAUCAUUAAACCAGCUCAGAAGUUAUUUGCCAUCAUUCUUGGCAGGAGCAUAAGGAAGUGGUGGAAGUCACUUCCUCCUAACAAACGGGAACUCUUCAAGGAAAGUGCAAGGAAAAAUAAAUGGAAGAUACUCCUGAGUGUCAGUAGCUUAGGAGUUUUAUUUAUUGUGUUUUAUUUUACUCACUUGGAAGAGACACCCAUCACUGGACGGGCUCGACUGUUGGUUUUUGGAAAAGAACAUUUUAGGGAACUGUCACAGAUGGAGUAUGAGAUGUGGAUGUCAGAAUUUGAAAAUAAAAUGUUACCUGAAACAGAUGCACGCUAUCAGGUUGUGGAAAGAGUGGUUGGUCACUUAUCUGAAAGCAAUAAGGACGUCCCACAGGUCUCUGAGCAGAAGUGGGUUGUCCAUGUGGUUGAAGAACCAGGUAUAAAUGCCUUUGUACUUCCGAAUGGACAAGUAUUUGUCUUCACAGGGUUGCUAGAUGCAGUUUCUGAUAUUCACCAGUUGUCUUUCAUUUUGGGACAUGAAAUAGCUCAUGCUGUGCUGGAACAUGCAGCGGAGAAGGCCAGUCUGGUUCACUUCUUGGAUUUCCUGUCACUCAUCGUUCUCACCAUGAUUUGGGCCAUCUGCCCUCGUGAUAGUUUGGCAAUUGUUGGUCAGUGGAUUCAGAGCAAGUUGCAGGAGUUUAUUUUUGAUAGGCCCUACAGCAGGACGUUGGAAGCUGAAGCUGAUAAAGUGGGACUUCAGUUUGCAGCAAAGGCCUGUGUGGAUGUCAGGGCCAGCAGCGUGUUCUGGCAGCAGAUGGAACUAGCAGAAACCAUCCAAGGGCAGCCCAAGAUGCCAGAGUGGCUCUCGACGCACCCCUCACAUGAAAACAGAGCUGAGCACCUAGACCGGCUUAUCCCAGAGGCUCUUAAAAUAAGAGAGAGCUGCAAUUGUCCAUCUCUUUCUGGACCAGAUCCUCGCCUCAUUUUCAAACUUAACAUGCAACAUCUGCUGGAAUCAUCCAAAGAUCAACAAAGCCCAAACUCUACAAAGCAAGAUCUUACAAAACCCACACUGGAUUUGCCUCACGCUCAAAAAGUGGAAGAUAGACCAGUAACUUUUGCAGUUAAACCUACAAAUUCUUGAUAACAUUCAAUUUUUAUGAAACUCAUUGUCCUGAUGGUCUUUCUUUUCAGGCAAAUUUGUCUUUGAACCAUAAAGAACAUCUAGCCAUUCAUCUUCUAUGUUUCUUUCUUGUGAUCUCCCACUCAAAGCAAUAAGAAGCUCUGCCCACACAAGAGGAGUAUCUUGRAAGUUUCUUAUUAUUCAUCAAGGGUUACUAAAAAUAAGUCCUUUCUCAGGGGAAAGAUAAUCUCAUACAAUUCACUCAUGCAGUCUAAUUUUCAGCUUUAUCAGGCUCACCUUGAUCACGGGACAGAUGAGCCAGAGCCUAAAGCUAAAGAGAGGAAAGCCAUUUUCAUCACUUAAGUUGUCUGGUUUAUCUUACUAUAAUUUGGUUUAGAUAUAUUCAAAUUCAUUUGAAAAAAUAAUGGUGAAAACGUAUUGUCUAUUCCACAUAUAGAAUGCUUGAAAAUAUGAAGGAAAAUGG